CCGCCGGCACUCCUCCCCGCGCCUUCAGGUGGUCGGGUCCCCACUUCCCGCUCAGGUCGCGCGCUGGUGGCCGCUGGGCGGGUGCUGUCCCGGGCUGCGGUGCGGUGCAGGGUGCGCUGCGAUGGCGUCCGCAGGCCGCCGGCAAGGGCGGGGGCGGGGGCGGCCGCAGGAGCCGGACCAGGCGCGCUUCGUCUACGUGGCGCGCUUUGGCUCACACCAGUGCGGUAGCGUCCUGCAGCUGGGCGGCCGGCGGGACCGCGGGGAGCCGCUGGCGGCGGCGAGCGUGCGUGGCGGCGGGCUGCGCGUCCCCCUGGACCCCGCGUCCUCCCCGUCCGCGUCCGGACCGGAGGCCCGCACCAAGCCCGUGAGACGUGCAGGUAUAAUCCAAAAGGAUGAAGCUAAAAUGUUUGAUUUUCCCAUACCGUUGCACAAAGCUUCCAAAACAACGAAGACAAGGAAGAAGGGUUCGGUAUGGAAUAGCGUACAUAAAGUCAUUUCUAGAAUGAUUGAAGAAAACGAGAAAUACAGACUCAGGCUGAAUUGUCAAAAAUUAUCUAAUAAAAGUAAGUUAAUAUGAUUUUUAAUGUAUUAAAGAAGACUGGCUUUUAUAAACAGUUUAGUUAACCUCAGGUCACAUUGUACCUGUAGUUUUCCUAACUGUCACAUUCAGUGUAUGGAGCUAUAGAACUGAGGCUACAGUAUUAUCACUGUCAUCAAAACUGAAAGGUCCAAGCAUCCUCACGUAGUGAGUGCAGGUAGACUACAGGUGUGGGUGUGAGUGCCUGGAAUUUACUGAGCAAACGGAACACACUUGUCUGAUAUAUGUGGAUUUUAGUGCUAACUUUUUAAUGCAAAUUAUAAAACUCAUCCAUAUUGAUGAAGAAAACCAUUUUAACUGUAAUAUAAAAUUGUACAUUCUGUAUAACUUCGUGUAGUCAUCUCCUUUCCACGGAUGCCAUAGUUCAGUUUAAUGCAUUUAACAGAGUCUUCCUUUGAGUCAUGGCCUUGAUGUCAUUUGUCAUUCCUGGAAAACAACUUAUGAAUUAAGCCAUGUUCUAGAGCUGCAUCCUGCUGAGUGACAAUGCGGUUAGGGCAAAACCAGAUGUACCCUACUAUCCUUGCAAAAAUAAUUGGAAGUUCUGGGCUCUCAGAAUACUAAAUUGAAUAAAAUUAAUGUAACUAAUAACAUCCUAUGAAUUGGUAAGUCAUAGUUAUUUUCUUUCUUUCACACACAUUUCCUAAUAGGCAUGCUGUCAGAGCGAAUGCUUCUGUGGGUUCUUAGUAGCCAUUCAAUGACAAUUUUUGAGAGUCAUUAAACUUGCAAUAUUUAACUUUGUGAAGAAUAAUUUAAUAAGAUAAUAAAACAGAUGGCUAUUUUAUAAGCAAUGUGACACUGGAAAGUUGUUAUUGUUCAUAUAGUGUUGCAUUUGCAAUAAUAAUAGCAGAAAUUGUUUGCAGUGAUGAUGUAUAAACCAAGGUUCGGGUUCAAGAUACUCUAUUUCUCUUUUUUUACCCAAGUAAGUAGCAGAAUGAGGCAAGAAGGGGGAUUAGGAAAAAGAAAGUAAUCAAAGGUUUCUUAAAAGAAAAUGGUAUUUGAAUAGGUAGAGCAAAGUGCAAAAAAUCUGGACAUUGUUCAGAGUGCUAAUCCAGUCACUGCACAACCUUGAAUUUAGUGGGUUCUUUUGUGCUUUAGCUAGAGCCUUUCUAGUAAACAUAAAGGAAUCUUGUAAAAAUUAUGUAACAACUUAAAAUAAUAUGUUUUGUUUUCUCAGAAAUAGAUUUUUGUAGACAAAAGUUA